CGCAUCAUCGCCGUGCGUGCGGAUCAAGCUGUAAUUGUGUGAACGCCGGCGCGGAACCAGACGCCCCUCGGGAAAGCCCAAUCCAGACUGGUACUUAAGGAAAUCCAACUUUAGCCCCUUCUUUCCUUCUCACCACGAACCACAUCUUCACCGCACCUCACACCACCACCACCACCAAACUUCACAACCAACAUGUCUGGCAAGGGAAAGGAGGCUUCCUCCUCUGACUCCAAGUCGCAGUCUCGCUCCGGCAAGGCUGGUCUCCAGUUCCCCGUCGGCCGUAUCCACCGCCACCUCAAGAGGGGCAACUACGCCCAGCGCAUCGGUGCUGGUGCCCCCGUCUACCUCGCCGCCGUCCUCGAGUACCUGGCUGCCGAGAUCCUCGAGCUUGCCGGUAACGCCGCUCGUGACAACAAGAAGACCCGUAUCAUUCCUCGUCACCUGCAGCUCGCCAUCCGCAACGACGAGGAGCUCAACAAGCUCCUUGGUGGCGUGACCAUCUCCCAGGGUGGUGUCCUCCCCGGCAUUGCCUCGGAGCUCCUCCCCGCCAAGUCGGGCAAGAAGAAGGCCGCUGCCUCGCAGGACUAAGCGUCGAAGGUGCUUGCCUCUGGCUCGUAUGUCGUACUCCGUCUCUGUUCGCUACCAUCACCCCCGAGUCGACUCGAUGUCCGCGCGUGCGCUCGCCGUCCUCGAUAUCACAUUCAUGUACCGCUUCUUCGCUCUACUAUCCCUCUUCUUGUCACGCUCGCCAUCGGGCCUGGCACUGUAAUAUUAGCACGUCUUCC